AUGAAUAAAAUUCAGAAACAAGAUGUUGUCAAAGUGGAUCGUAAAAAUGCUACCUGUGAGGAGACACGCAAAGGAUCGUCCGAAAGGAAAUCCAAAAAAGAUGAAGGAACAAAAAACAGUAAACCCGAAGAAAACAUUACUCAGACAGACGAAACUUCUCUUACCAAACCUCUACAAAAUGAUGGACAGCAGGGUAUUUGUGCUGAUUAUUACAGAAAUUUAAGACUUAAAAAAAAGGCUCUUUACCGAAGUGAACGAUAUUUUUAA